AUUCUUGGAUCCAUCAGCUCAUCAGUCACGGGUUAUCUCUUUUUUUAUCUGUUGCAUUCCCGAUAAUAUCACGGAAAAUACGUAAAGGAAAAUUGAUGUGUAACUCCUGAUAAUUUUCCCGGGAAAAUAGUGAGAAAGUAAAAAGAGAGAGAAACUUCAAACUUCCAUCGCCAUCCACAAAAAGCCAAGGUAUAAAAUUUUCCCUUCCCUUCCCUUCCCUUCCCUUCACUCUUUUUAAGUGAAAGCAAAUCCGUACUUUCCCGUUUCUUCUCUAAAAUUUUCCCUGGAAAUAAACGACAAACGAAGCUUCGAGUCUGUUCCUUGGGAAAAUCUAGAAUGGCAAUUUCUUCAGCUCAGAUUUUCCGUAGCUCGAGACCACCGAAUGCUUUUCUCAGAGCUACUUCGACUUCUUCUUCUUUUUCAAAUGCGCAAACCUUUCUGGCUUCUUUUGGAGUAACUUCACGGUUUUGGGGUUCUGUUGCUGGAAAUCGUCGCCGAUGGAAAUGCGGGUUUGGGUCGGGUACUUCUGCUACCAAUACUCGGUUUCGGACUAUGGCGGUGCUCAAGGAUGAACAAAAAGAAACAACCGAGGAUGAUCAUCUUUUGUUCGAUGAUUCUAUGGCCACCUUUCACAGCCAGGUUGAAGAUAAGCCUGCCAAAAUACAAGAGCGUGAUUUUGCCGGAACUCCUUAUGUUCCUGUAUAUGUGAUGCUACCACUAGGCGCAAUUGAUAUGAAUUCUGAGUUGGUUGGUCCAGAAGGUCUUGUGAAUGAGCUUAAAAUCUUAAAGUCCAUUAAUGUCGAUGGCGUUAUGAUCGAUUGCUGGUGGGGGAUUGUUGAGGCACAUUCUCCACAGGUUUAUAACUGGAGUGGUUACAGAAAACUCUUCCAGAUUGUACGUGAGCUUCAUCUGAAAUUACAGGUUGUUAUGUCUUUUCAUGAAUGUGGAGGCAAUGUUGGAGAUGAUGUACAUAUUCCACUCCCAAGCUGGGUUACGGAAAUUGGCCUAAGCAAUCCUGACAUAUAUUUCACUGAUAGAGAAGGAAAGCGCAAUACCGAAUGUCUUACAUGGGGCAUUGAUAAAGAACGAGUUUUGAAGGGCAGGACUGCUGUUGAGGUCUAUUUUGAUUACAUGAGAAGCUUCAGGGUAGAAUUUGAUGAAUUUUUUGAGGAUGGUGUUAUCUCUGAGAUCGAAGUUGGACUUGGUCCAUGUGGGGAGUUACGGUAUCCUUCUUAUCCUGCAAAACAUGGUUGGAGAUAUCCUGGUAUUGGUGAAUUUCAGUGCUAUGAUAAGUACUUGAUGAAAAGUCUGACAAAAGCAGCCGAAGUGAGGGGACACUCAAAUUGGGCCAGAGGACCAGAUAACGCUGGUUCUUAUAAUUCCACACCACAUAAGACUGGAUUCUUCCGUGAUGGAGGUGAAUAUGACAGCUAUUACGGGAGAUUUUUCCUUAAUUGGUACUCUCGGACAUUGAUUGAUCAUGGGGAUCGGGUACUCUCUCUAGCCAAUUUAGCUUUUGAAGGAAGUUGCAUUGCUGCAAAGCUAUCAGGUAUACAUUGGUGGUACAAAACAGCCAGUCAUGCUGCUGAGCUGACUGCAGGGUUUUACAACCCAGCAAAUCGUGAUGGUUAUGCACCAAUUGCAGCAAUGUUUAAGAAACAUGAGGCUGCUCUGAAUUUCACAUGUGUUGAACUCCGUACAUUGGACCAACAUGAGGACUUUCCAGAGGCAUUAGCAGAUCCAGAAGGAUUAGUUUGGCAGGUCUUGAACGCUGCCUGGGAUGUUUGCAUUCCAGUUGCAAGUGAAAAUGCUCUUAAUUGCCAUGAUAGAGAAGGCUAUAACAAGAUAUUGGUAAAUGCCAAGCCUCUGAAUGAUCCGGAUGGAAGGCAUUUAUCAGCCUUUACCUACCUCAGGCUCAGUCCUGCUCUCAUGGAGGCACACAACUUUGCCGAGUUUGAACGAUUUGUUAAGCAAAUGCAUGGGGAAACAGUUUCAGAUCUUGUAGUUGAUAUGGAAACGACGCAGACCGAGGUAAUGGAUGAUCAAAUUGCACCAGAAAAUUGAUUACACGUGAAAUCCAACACAGUUCGUUUGAUGUACAAUUCACAUGAUACCCACAUGAUACCCACAUGGUUGCCAGCCUAAGAUGUAUUUUGCUUCAACCUUUGUAGGAGACAAUGCCAAUUAAUUAUCAGAGAGCAAUUUCAUUCUAGCAAAGAAGAGAUUUUUGCUUAAUUAAUAAAUAAAGCUGAUUGCAAUUCUUAUGUUUCAA